CGAAGGAGGAGGCGGCGCGCUUCCCGAGGCCGUAGCCGAUAUUGGGAAGACUUCAGCGACGGCUGGGGGUUCUUCUCGAUCGAAGCAAAGCUCGGUUUCCUUUUCGGAGCUUAGGGUUCUGGCUUCGAUCAGAUCCGGUCGAUGUCCACUGACUGCUCCUCGAUCUGGCUCUCCCCUCGAUGCUUUAGAGUCAAAACCCGCGUCCUUCCUUUGUUUUAAUGGCUCUUAGGGAAAUACUGAUCUAUAGUGGUCUUUGGUGCAGCCUUCUUCUCAUUCUCUUCUUCUUCUUCUCCUCCUCCUUCGCUCGAGGAGCCAUGGCGUCGGAGCUCGGGAGCUCGAACGGAGUCUAGGGUUUGGGGCACCAAGCUAGGAAAGGGUUCCGGCCGCCGGAGAAUCCACGAUGAGAACAGCUCUCUUGGGGCGGCGGGUAGCUGCGAUUAUGGAGGUGGCAUUGCUGGCGGUUUUCGUUCUCCUCAACUUUUACUCCGGUUAUGGACGGCGAUUCGACGGUCCGAUAAAUGGGACAUUCCCAAAAUUCCGUUCCGUUUCGGUUUCAUGUCGCAAUCGCAAGCUGCUGCUUCUCGAACAUGAAGGUGGGGAUCCAUCGCAGACGGAGCGGGUGGGGGAGGAGUGUAGCAGGGACGAUAUCAUGGUGCACCAGGGGGCGACGACGCCGCUGCCAAACGGGAUCCCGACGUACACGGUGGAGGUGCUGAACGUGUGCUCGGAGCGGAGCUGCAGCAUCGGGCGCAUCCACCUUAGCUGCGGGUGGUUUAGCUCGGCCCGCCUCAUCAACCCCCGCGUGUUCCGCCGCCUCCGCUAUAACGACUGCCUCCUCAACGACGGCCGCCCCCUCCCCGCUGGCUCCUCCGUCUCCUUCCAGUACGCCAACUCCUUCCGCUUCCCCCUCGCUGUCUCCUCCGCCACGUGCCUCCACUCCUCUUACGCUCCACGGUCCCCUUAAUCUCUCUGUCAUCUCUUUUUGCUGUUGCAUGUGUACUAAAUCGGAUCACGUAUGAUGCACCGAAGAGUAUAGCAUUUAUAAGUAAGUGUAGUUAAUGAGCUUGGAUUGAUGGGGACAAGGGUCACGUGUGUACAUACAGAGAGUGUUAUGUUAACACGGGGUGGGUUGCACGGAGAUCGGAAUGUCUUUUUUGUUUUUUUUAGACAUGGUUGGGAUAACUCAUUUUUCGCUUCUACUAGAGCAUUCAGCACGGUGAAUUGCUUGCUAUGAUGGGUUGCUUUAUUAUUAUUAAUUUCCAUCUUUUCUGGUGGCGGAUGAUCCACCUUGGUGCUGGAGACUAUUUAAUGAUAUCCGUACCUACGAUCUAAUGGCAG